AUGGAUAUUGAGAUAAAUAAGCAAUGGAUAAACAAAAUUCAUAGGAUUGGAGUUAAAGACAAAGCAAAAGGGAAACCUAGGCCGAUAAUUGUAUCAUUAGUCAAUGCAUGGAAGAAACAAGAAAUACUUAAGAAUAAAAAGAAAAUUAAAUCCGAAAUUUAUAUAACCGAAGAUUUUCCCAAGGCAGUACUUGAAAAGAGGCGCGCUUUGCAGCCUCAGCUUGAAGAAGAGAAAAAUAAAGGCAACUUUUGUUUCAUAAAAUACGACAAGCUGGUUGUAUUAAAGAAUAACAAAAAUACCGAAAAACGAAAGCGUAAGCCCUCAACUCCAAAAUCAAAUACCACUGCAGACAAUGAGCAUGCAAAUCUUCGGAAACUCUCAAAACUAAACGCCUUUGAUAUGCUUAGGGCAAGAUCUAAUUCCUUUCCACAAUCGUUACAAAAUAUUAAUUAG